GAGGAAAAGGAAAUCGCAGAAGCUUAAACAAACCAAAAAACAUCAGAUCUUGAAGAACCUAAAUCGCUCUCGCUUACUACGAAUUUUUCGAAGAAGAUGACUUUUACUAUUCCGAUUGAUAACGGAGAUGCUGUGAAGAACGCAGAGGCUGAUUCACAAAGAACACUGUACCCAUAUGUUACUGGGACUUCAAUUGUUGCAAUCAAGUACAAAGAUGGUGUUUUAAUGGCUUCCGAUAUGGGAGGUUCAUAUGGAUCCACCUUAAGAUACAAGAACAUUGAGAGAAUGAAGGCUAUUGGCAAGCAUUCUCUUCUCGGUGCCAGCGGAGAAAUCAGCGACUUUCAGGAAAUUCUCCGUUAUCUUGAUGAGCUCAUCCUGAAUGAUAACAUGUGGGAUGAUGGUAAUUCUUUGGGACCAAAAGAGGUUCACAACUAUCUGACCCGUGUGAUGUAUAACCGUCGCAACAAAUUUAACCCUCUGUGGAACACUCUUGUCCUUGGAGGCGUCAAAAACGGGGAAAGUUACCUUGGCAUGGUGUCAAUGAUUGGUGUCAGUUUUGAGGACAAUCAUGUUGCCACCGGAUUUGGAAACCACCUCGCCAGGCCAAUCCUUCGCGAUGAGUGGCAUGCGGACCUGAGUUUUGAAGAAGGUGUCAAGCUCCUUGAGAAAUGUAUGCGUGUGCUUCUUUACCGCGACAGAUCUGCUAUUAACAAGUUUCAGAUAGCGAAGAUCACUGAAGAAGGCGUUACAGUCUCUGAGCCAUACUCCUUGAAGACGUUUUGGGAAUUCAAGGCCUUCAACAACCCUACUGCUGGUGCUGAAGGCUCAUGGUAAUAAGCUAAGCAAAACCAAAGUCUCGUCUGGAGAGAUCUUUCAAGACAUCUGUCUUUUUUUAUUUUAGUUUUUGUGAUGUUGUUAAAGCACUUUGUACUGUAGUGGAUUUACUAGUAACCAUGGUGGUUUCUUGAUGAAAUUUAAGUUCAGAUCAAUGAGAAUUUAUGGAGUUUUUCUGGUGA